AUGCCCCGCGGCGCCGAGUUCGACAACGGAGUCCCUCAGAGCGACAACGCUAUUGAGGCGGGUGUGACGAAGGCUCAUGGCACUGACAACAAGGACGCCGAGCUAAACCGCGUCCACAAGGUCGCUCCCAUGCCCGAGGAAACCGGUUCGAAUCGCGAAGUCUUCCCUGGCCAGGCCAGCGCUGGUCCCACAAAGUCUGGUAGUGGCAAGGGCGGACAUGAGCCCAAGACUCUCGGCGAGAACAAGGGUGUCGGUGCCCAGGGUGUUUAG